AUGAGUGGAUCUGUUGUCGACAACACCGUGUCAUCGGGGAAUUCUUCGGUUGCGAUUCCGACAGACAUCAGCGGGCAAAUAUUAGAUCUAGACGAAGACGAUGACUUGGAAGUUUUCAGUAAGAUUGUGUCCCAUCAGCCGCUGCCGGAGAAGUUUGUGAUGAAAGGAAUGGUGGAGAGGUUUAACGAAGAUUUCAUUGAGACGAGGAGAAGUGCGCUGCACAAGUUUCUGAACAAAAUAGCAGAACAUCCCAUUUUCUCCAGCAGUGAAGAUUUUAAGAUCUUUCUCACAGCAGGAUCUGGGGAGUUGACCUCUCAUAAGAAACAAGGUCCAGGGUUUCUGAGCCGGAUGGGGGAGACGGUGAAAGCCGUCGCUGCUGCAGUCAGAGGGGUCAGAAGCCGGCCUCAGGAGUUCACCGACAUGCAGGAGUACGCGGAGGCCUUCAGUCAGAAGAUCAGCUCAAUUGAUAAAGUUACUCAAAGGAUCGUCAGAGAGCAGAAAGAGUACUUGGAGGAGCUGAAGGAGUGUGGGCCGACAUACGCGCUGUGGUCACAAUCAGAGGAGGAGCUGGCCGAGCCCCUGAAGAACGUGGCAGGCUGUGUGGACAAAUGCUGCAAGGAGACAGAGGAGCAGGUCAAACAUCUCAAUGAUCACCUGAUUCCGGUCCUUCAUGAGUACGUCCUCUGCGCCGACACACUCAAGGCAGUACUAAGGAGGCGAGACAACAUCCAGGCAGAUUUCGAAGCGAAGACUGAAGCUCUUGCCUCGAAGAAGGCCGACAGGGACGCGGACUCUAAGGUGCUGAGUUUAGCAUGGGACAGCUUGGUGGGACGAUCCCCCGAGGAGGUCAAACAACAGAAACAGCAGAAAUUUAAGGGCGAGAUUAAGGAGAUGAGAGAUGAGCUGGAUAAGGUGGAGGACCGGCUGGAGUGGGCGAAUAAUGCACUCAAGAGCGACUGGACCCGCUGGCAAAAGGGCAUGAGAACUGACCUACGAUCAGCCUUCAUCGACACAGCAGAGAGGAACGUCAGCUACUAUGAAAAGUGUUUGGCUGUAUGGGAGUCAUUCUUGCAGUCUCAAAGGACCGAUGCUGAAGGAAAUGGAAAUGUUGACUUUUCCUAAUCUCUCAAGGUGCUUUUAGCUGAACGGGACCACCAAAGACGCUUUUAUUCCUGCAGAAACCAAUAAUAUUCAUAUUUAGAGACUGAGGCACCAAAGAGAGGGACAGUCGCUCUGUACAAACAUCUCCCAGCAUUCACCAGCUCACCCAGAGAGAUUGCAAUUACAUUUCUCUGUCAGUACAUUUGGCCCACAUUUGAAAUUUAUUUUUUUUGAUAAUGGAGGAAAAUUAUAUUGCCAAAUCUUUUAUACUGAAAACUAUUUUUCUUUUUCAUUUAUAUAAAUACAUUCCCUGGAAAAUGAAGAUGCACACAUGGCUUUAUUGUUCAAUGCAAAUGCUGUUUACCUCUUAUCAGAGCUGCAAAAAACAUUCGAUUAGUGUAGAAAUAAAUAUAAAUGCACUCGAUUCAUUUCUUGCAUUGGACUCAAGUUAUCGUUGUGCUAUUCCAUUCAGGUUACUGAAGCUGCAUCUUUAUGCAAACAUCAUAUAUUGAAGAAGAUGCUGACAUUCCAGAAUUGUUUACAUGUUAUUGAAGUGCAGAAAUCAAAAGAAUUUACCUGUUGCCUUUGAAUAUGAAACGCAUCGUUUUAGAUACUUCAAUAUGAUUUUGAAUGCGGUGCACUAAUAUCAUAAAGUGUAAUAAAUUGCAAACUGAUUUAAAAGUACGCUUUUACAGAUCAUAAGUGAAUUUAAUGUCAUGGAACUAUCUAUGUAUUCUUGGAAUAGUUGUAAUGAAAAUUGUUAUUGAAAAGUUGAUUGAAAGAAGUCUUGUGGUGUGUGUUUUUAUUCUCUCUCAAGGGAAAAUAAGCAAAUAGUUCGGUAUGCUGGAUCCUAAACUGGGUUAC